AUGGAAGUACACAUUAGCGACGACGAAAAGCUAUUCCUAAUCCACGGCGUCGAACAGGACAUCCGGAAUGACGGACGUGCGUGUGCAGAUUUUCGACCGAUGAUUCUCGAGAGGGGCGUCUUGUCGGGAACAAAUGGAAGUUGUCGAGUGCAAUUGGGACAGACCACUGAUGUUUUGGCUGGAAUCAAGCUGGAACUCGAAGCAUACGACCCGAUCGCUGAGAAGCAACCGAAACAGCCGAUGAGUUUCCACGUGGAUUUCUCGGCUAAUGCUAGCAGUCAAUUCGCGGGAAAAGGAGGUGAUCAAUACGGUGAAGAGCUCUCUGCAGCCUUUCAAGUCGCCUACUCCCGCUCACUUGACAUCAUUCCAAACCUAUCGAAAACUCAACUGGCCGCCGGUUAUCGCUGGAAAAUCCACGUGGACAUUUCAGUAUUACAAUGGGCGGGAAGUGUUCCAGACGCGUGUAGUCUCGCUAUCAUUGGAGCGUUGAGUGAUCUAGAGAUACCAGAAGUCGAUGUGACACCAGAUGACGGUGGAAAAGUGUCGAUUGUGUUGAAACGACCGAGAAUCGGAGGAGAUGUGAGAGAUGAAGAGGUUCCCGUGGCGAUGUGGAAGUUGAUUGUGACUAGCUGCCCAAUGCUCCUAACAGUCUCAAAAAUUGGCACCGCCAACCUUGUCGACUGCUCGCCCGAAGAGGAAUGUUGUAUUCGAUCUCAACUACUAAUUGGUGUCGCUAAGAAUCUCGAGUCAACUCCAGAAUCCGACGAUGCCAAUGAGUACGACAUCACAUGUGUCAAACAACACGGUGGUGGUCUUCUGGAAAUGGAAUCGAUCGAUGAUAUGACGAAGUUGGCGACGAGAACGGCGAAAGGAUUAUAUGAAGCAAUCGGGAAUCGGUUGAAUACGGAGGAGAGAAGGAAGCCGGGACACUCUUUUUUGCUAUAA